UUAUUUUUAUUUUGCUUUGUUAGUAUUGAAAAAUGCUUUUUAAGCUUACAGUUGAGAAAUGAUUUAAGGAUUUAUUUAAUAUUUAUUGAAUUUAAACAGCAAGUUAUAUACAACCAAAAUUCCGAGUUGGAGUAUUAUAAUAUAUGCAGUCGUCAGCAGUACUUACAGUCAGUGAAGGAUAUGCAUUAAAGGCGGUAGUACUCUGCUCUUACAUUGACAAAUUAUUAGAUUGAGCUCCAAAAUCACAAUUAGAUAUAUGUAGAUUAUGUCGGUAAGCGAUGCCGAUGAAAUACGAUCAGCUGCUGAAACGCUGAUAACAGGUUCUCGGAACACUAUGUCCUAUCGUACAAUGAGUGGGCCUAUGCUGCCCAACUAUGACAUGUCACGCACACAUUCCAUCAACUUGAUUACCGAAGAAUUUCUCGGCGGCUAUAUGCAGGAUGGACGAAUGUCCGUGGUACGACGAUUCUUCUGCCUAUUCGUGUUAUUCGAUUUGUUCUUUGUAUCGUUGUUGUGGCUAAUAUGUAUAAUGAUAACUGGUGAUAAUAUAUUUCAAGCAUUUCAAAAGCAAAUUGUUCAUUAUACGUUUGGUACAUCGUUGUUUGAUGUAGUUGGAGCUGCCAUAUGCCGUUUUGUCGUAUUGACAUUUUUUUAUGCAUUGCUAUAUAUAAAUCAUUGGAUUAUAAUUGCUUUAUCAACGAGCGGUUCGUGCCUAUUUUUAAUCUCCAAAGUAUUCGUCUACGAUUGGGUUGACUCGCGCCAACAGGUUUUUGAAGUCAUACUGAUAAUAACGUCAUUUGUAUUAGCCUGGGGUGAGGCUUGGUUCUUGGAUUGUCGCGUUAUACCACAAGAGCGACACGCACGCAGUUAUUUUUCAUCAAUAACAACGCCCGAACAUCGUUCACCAAUGAUGGCACCAUUUCUAGCCUCCCAACCGGAUCGUACUGGUCCGGAGAGCAUUUUUUACUCACCACUGGAAACAGUGCAUAACAGUGAUGAUGAAGACGAUGAACAGGAUGAGGAGUAUCAUCAAAUGGCUUUGAAUUGUGUGCGUGUAGCAUAUGAUCUUUUCGAAUCACCCGAAUGGAAAGUUGAAAAGGUUACGAAUAAAGGUGAUACCAUUCGCAGUACACAACGUGAUAAAAUGGGGAAAAUUUAUAGACUCACGGCUAGUAUAAAAUAUCCACCUAAAGAAUUGUUGGACGAGCUUUUCUAUAAAAUUGAAAAUGUUCCAAAAUGGAAUCCAACUUUGUUGGAAUCGAAAAUUGUACAUAAAAUCAACUCCUACACAGAUAUCACUUACCAAGCCAGUAUUGGCGGCGGUGGUGGUUUGGUGAAGAGUCGCGACUUUGUUAAUCUGCGGUGUUGGCGUCUCUUUCGUAAUGGUAAGAUUUGUGAAGAGUCUGAUGAUGAUGACCAAGAGGCCGAUAGCGGCAGUGACACUGCUGGACAAGCUAGCGUAUCAACAGUGUCAGACGAUGAUUCUGUACAGACUACACAGCCUAGUAGCGUAGAAAGUAAUCGUGCGAAAUUCUCCAGUAGCGGUAGUGCAAUGCGUGAAGGUAGCCGCAGUGGCGGAGGUGACGAAAAAAUUAGUGUAAAAAGUGGUCGUGCAUUUAAAACAUUAAGCAAAAGCUUAGGCGCUAAAGACUUUAGCACCAUAGUACGCAUCGAUCCAGAUGAGCCGCCACCGUUAGAUGAGGACGCCUUCGAGGAUGCGCACGAUAAUGUUGAUGAUUUGACGCAAUUGGUGCAUAAGGAGGCACGUGUGGGCCUGCAAAGUGUUGAUAUCGGUGAAGGAGCGACCGCAAGUGGUGUGCUAGGUGCAAAGAGUGAUAAAAGUAAAGUAUAUUUGAGUGCGGCCAUUAGCAUAGAUUAUGCACAAGUGCCGCCAACGACAAAGUAUGUACGUGGUGAAAAUCUUGUAGCUGGUUUUGCCUUACGUGAAAUCGCUGGAAAAUCUGAUGCCUGCAUAAUUGAUUGGAUACUGUGUUUAGACUUAAAGGGUUACCUACCACGUUAUGUAUUGGAUACUGCCUACACCACCUUCAUGGCUGACUAUAUGAAAUAUCUGCGUAAAUAUGUAGCUGAAUUGCGUAAGAAGCGCAAACGUGUGUCUAGAAAAUAGUCAGCGCAUUAAGCGAUAAAAACUACCUUUUAGUUACAGUUUAAUUUUUGUAAGGAUCGUAAUUUUUCAUAUAGUAAAAAGCACAAUCAUUUUCAUUGGUAUUAACAAAUUCCACAAAUCAUACAAACAAUAUUAAUGUACUACACAUAUAGAUUUAUAAAUAUAGUUAAAUUACAAAAUUUUUUGAAAAACUGUAAAGUUAGAAACAAAAUUUAUAGAAUCCAUCUUCACAUUAUGGUAUUUGUUUGUUUAACAUUUAACUCUUGUUACUAUUAAACUUGAAGAAAAAAGAAAUUUCAACUCAAAAAAACAAAAAAUAUGUAACUAAAGCUUGACGGCAAAAAAAAAAUCAUAUUUCUUAUGCGAUUAGUUCCACGAAAUUUAAGAACAAAGUGAUCAUGUGUAUUAUUUCUAUUCAUCUACAUACAUACAUGCAUACAUACAGUCACAUAGCUAGGUUAAAAAACAAUUGUUUGCGUUUAGUUAUAUAUUUUCUAGGUUCAUGUGCUCAAAAAAAAAAAAAAAUUUGUAUGUAGGUGUAGGUGAAUUAUGUCUAUUUUCGGCAAUAUCGUAUAUGUUUCAUAUUUAUACGUAUAUAUAUAUAUUAAUUUAUAUAUAUUGCAGCUUCUUGUAAUAUUUCAUGACAUUUUAGGUGAUAACAAACCAAUUUAUUAACAUUUCAUACAAAUAUCGAACAUAUAUAUAUAUAUAUAUAUACAUAAAUGAAAUUUCAUUAUUAAUUUUAAUAUACAUAACUAAAAUGAAACUUACUGAUUUGCCAGUUGCUGAUGCUAAUUAUAAUGGCUGUUUUAUUAUUGGCUAAUAAAAUAUAUUAUGUAUGCUUUUUGUAUUUACCGACAAUAAAUAUAUAUAUGUAC